UCCGUGAAUAAAUUCAUGAAGAGUGUCAACAGAAUCCGCUUUAACAGUCUGACAGCCACAAACACCGUGGAACCUGCAAAACCCAAAUACAGCUCCAAAAGUAGGUCAAGGUCUUGUCCCCAGUUCCCGAAAGUGGCCACAACUUACGAAGACGAUGAAGAUGGUGAAGAGGACGUUGUGAGGAGCCUGUCAACCGACGCUCGAGGCGGCGAAACUCAGCCGUGUAAGUUUGAAGUGUCCGACAUGGGUCCCUCUGUCAUUAAGCCCAUCAUUUUGGACAGCUUUGCGAAGCAGCCAGCGGAUCCGACGGAAAUCUCGUUGAUUUCUGGCACGAGUACGACAGUAUGUGUGAACGUCCGACAAGAGACCACGGUGACUAUGACAACCACUAAGUUCGGUGAUAUGGGGGUGGGUGUCGUCCCUCAGUGCCCCGUGUUUGCCGACCGGGCCCAAGGGUCCUCCCAUCCAAGGACAGCUGAGGAGAGAAGUAUGCUGCAAGUGUUACGGGAUGUGCUCAACAUCUCUGCAUCAAAUACUUGUGCAAAGUGCAAGGGAAAAGUAACGGAAAAUCCCCAGGAUCAUGCCGAGCCAUUCUUCCUGACGUACUCACCCCCGGAGCUGCUGGACCGCCACCUACAGCUGGGACAUGAUAUUCACGCCAAGGAGCUCAGUAGGAUACCCAUCCCCAGCACGCAGGACGUCAACUGGACACACUUUGGAGGCAUGCCCCCGGCUGACGAGAUCUCAAUCCUGCGUACGCAGCUCAAGCUGAUGCACAACCAGUUGAUGUAUGAGCGACACAGACGUGAUCAGCACGCCAAGAGGAACAGACGUCUGCUACGUCACAUUGCCAACAGCAAGACUCUCGAGGAACAGAACAACUCCAUGCGUGAGCAACUACAGGAGCGCGAUCUCAGGAUUCGAGAUCUGCAGGUGUCCAUAAAGCUUCUUGAGAAUGAGAACAGGAAGUUAAACAAUGAACAAUGAAGCCAGCGCUACCAAAAACUAGUGCAACUGAGUGCCUACCUACAGGAGUAUGAGGACCUGAAGAAUGCCAAGAAGGAGUUCAACACACUGCUGGUGAGACAGAGGGAGGAGCAGGACGCUUUGCAGAAG